GCCGGCCCCGGGGCUCGAACCCAGGACCUUCUUGCUGUGAGGCGACAGCGCUAACCACUACACCACCAUGCCGCCUGGAACAAAUAGUCUGCAAGUAAAUGAGAAAAAUGUAAGAAUUGCCCUUGCUGUUCCAGUGCUUUCAGAGGGGUCUGUAUAAACACAUGAGACAUGACGAGUAAAACUAAUCACAAUGUACACAGAUUGAUAAUCUGAAACCAAAUAACAAGGCAUUUAAUGCCACUUUUUGCAAAUGUUCCUUAGUUUUGAACUGUUGGCUUUGAUUUAUUUUGAGACAGACAGGGCCGUAACCAGGAUUUUUCAAAUACCGAGGUCAAGCAUGGCUGACAGCACCGACGCCCCCCGGCACAACUUAAAUAAAUAAAUAACAAACCAAGGAUAGAUUUGGUGGUGGACACAUUUAUUUUAACAAUUCUACAACUGUGGCACCAUAACUGUGGUGUUUUAUCUGACAUAAAAGUAGAAAGGUAGUGAACUCUUGAACUGAGUAUACAUACCUAAAGUACCAGUUACCUAAAGUAUUGGCAUUAUUUACAUUGCAGCAUACACAUGACAGAAAGGGUGUGAACUGCUGAAUUGUAAGCUUUAGUAUUACACCUUAUAAUAAUAGUGUGUGUGUGUGUGUGUGUGUGAGAGAGAGAGUUUGUGUGUUAUUUGUGGGUGUCUGUAUGCGGAGAGACAUUCUGAGCAGUAAUGUAAAGGCAUCAGUCUAUCUGGCUGUCUUGAAUUGAGAUCCAUUUGCAUGCAUUCUCUGAAACACAGUGUUCUCACCAUUGCCUGUAAUGUAAGUUUGGCUCACAACACAUUUACUUCAACAAUUCUAAAACUGUGCCAUCAGAACUGUGGAGUUUUGUCUGACAUAAAAGUCAAAACUGAACUGAACUGAGUGUAUUGCUCGGCUACCUGAAGUAUUGGCAUUAUUUACAUGUCAUUAUCUUAAAUUACAUUAGAAUGUAGAGCUAUUAGUUCUGUGUGAAGACUAUGCAUUAGAGAGAGUGUGUGAGAGUGUAUUAUUUGUGUGUGUGUGUCUGUGUGAGUGAGUGAAAGAGAGAGUUAUGAGAGAAAGAGAGAGAGUUACUCGAACAAGCCCGUUUACUCAGCCCUGCACAGGGUGGCCUGUGACAACGUAGUUUUGAAUGUUUCUCGAAAUGCUAACUAAAAUGUAAUAGGCAAUGACAAUGAAACGUUUCCCCUUGGAAAGUUGGCAUGACACCGCUGAACGGUCUGCCACUGCACUGACAAUAUUUUCUCACCUUCCCUCCUUCUCUUUCCCUGCUCUUCUGUUGGCUGUCCAAACCUUCAUUUAGUUUGUUGCAACGUUUUCAUUUUGCACUCGGGUAAAGCUCUAUAAUGCGAUGUGACUAUUAGCCUACGUUAGGUUAGGUAGGCAUAUGUGAUAGAGCGUAGACUACACCCUGCCUGUUUUAUCCAAAACCCAACUUCCCCAGCCGACACUAGUAUAGGCUACGUCGCGUGACGCUGCGUUAGACACAGCAACGAUAGAGAUAGAGGCUGAGAGAUUUCAGAUGACAUUAGACAAAUGUGAAUUUUAUUGGGGGGAAAUACAGAUGACGUGGAUCUGGACGCUGCGUUUUACAUUGAUCACUGCUCGAAUUCAACGUAGACCAAGUUUAAAUUUCUGAAAAAAAUACCGAGGACAUGACCUCGGUGUCCUCAAUAGUAGUUACGGCCAUGGAGACAGAAGUCUUAUUUUGUGUUUAUUAGAUGAAGACUGUUGAAGAGAUUCUGUGCUAAUUAAAACUCUAUAUCCAAUCAUCCAUAUACUCUGUAAUAAUAUCUGUGUUGCAGAAUGAUGGAGGGAAAGAGAUCAGACUCACCAGAACCCAGCUGUGUGUCCAUGAAGAGUGAGAUGUCGGUGGGACGUCCACCUGCCUUCAGAGACCGAGACGGUUCUGCUGAUGUGAGACCACAAAAGAAGAAAUCAAACAUCAACAGAAGUCAACUGGAGUCCAUAUUCAAGGAGCUGGAACACAAAGUCAUCGCUGUGAUACAGAAGGAGCUGAAAAGGUUUAAGAAGCUCCUGAGUCCAGAUUCCCCAGCAUGCUCUGAGAGGGAGGUGGAGGAUGAGGAGGAUCAGAGCAGCAUCAGAGAGGGAGUGCUGAAGAUCACACUGCACUUCCUGAAGAACAUGAACCACACAGAUCUCGCUCACACACUGCAGAACAAGUCUGCGGUCUCUGUGUGUCAGCAAAAGCUGAAAUCCCACCUGAGAGAGAAGUUCAAAAGAAUUAAUGAAGGAAUCUCACAGCAUGGAAGCUCAGCUCUUCUGAAUGAGAUCUACACAGAGCUCUACAUCACAGAGGGUUGGAGUGGAGACGUCAAUAAAGAACAUGAAGUGAGACAGAUUGAGACAGCGUCCAGGAGACCAGCAAUACAGGAGACACCCAUCAAAUGUAAUGAUCUCUUUCAAGACACGUCCAUCAGAAGUGUGCUGACUAAAGGAGUUGCUGGAAUUGGAAAAACAGUCUCUGUGCAGAAGUUCAUUCUGGACUGGACUGAAGGAAAAGCGAAUCAGGACGUCACCUUCAUGUUCCCACUUCCCUUUCGAGAGCUGAAUCUGAUGGAGAGAAAUCUCAGUCUGAUGAAUCUCCUUCAUCACUUUUUCCCAGAAAUGAGAGAACUAGGAUUAAUAGACUGUAACAUUUACAAAGUCCUGUUGAUCUUUGAUGGUCUGGAUGAGUGUCGACUUCCUCUAAAUUUCCAGAACAGUGAGAGAUUGUGUGAUGUGACAGAGUCGGCCUCAGUGGAUGUGCUGCUGACAAACCUCAUCAAGGGGAAUCUGCUUCCCUCUGCUCUCCUCUGGAUAACCUCUCGACCAGCAGCAGCAAAUCAGAUCCCUCCUGAGUGUGUAGACCAGGUAACAGAGGUACGAGGGUUCAGUGAUCCUCAGAAAGAGGAGUACUUCAGGAAGAGGAUCAGUGAUCAAAGCCUGGCGAAUAAAAUCAUCACACACAUGAAGUCCUCAAGAAGCCUCUACAUCAUGUGCCACAUCCCAGUCUUCUGCUGGAUCUCAGCCACUGUUCUCAAGAGAAUGUUGGGUGAAGCAGAGAGUGGAGAGAUCCCCAAGACUCUGACUCAAAUGUUCACACACUUCCUGAUCUUUCAGAUCAAACACAAGGAGCAAAAGUACCAUCAGAAAUGUGAGCCUGAUCCUCAGCAGACCAGAGAGAGUAUCCUGGCACUGGGAAAACUGGCUUUCCAACAGCUGGAGAAAGGAAACCUGAUCUUCUAUGAGGAAGACCUGAGAGAGUGCGGCAUUGAUGUGAGAGAAGUGUCAGUGUACUCAGGAGUGUGUACCCAAAUCUUCAGAGAGGAGUUUGGGCUUCACCUGGGGAAGGUCUUCAGCUUUGUACAUCUGAGUGUUCAGGAGUUUCUGGCUGCUUUAUACACGUUUCUCUCCUUCAUCAGCAGAAAUGUAACAGACCAACAAACCACUGAUCUGUCUGAUCUUUUCACCAGUUCAAACAUGUCUGAUUUCCUCAGGAGUGCAGUGGACAAGGCCUUACGGAGUGAGAAUGGACACCUGGACCUGUUCCUCCGCUUCCUUCUGGGUCUCUCACUGGAAUCCAAUCAGACUCUAUUACGAGGCUUGAUGCCCCAGACAGGAAGUAGCUCUCACAGCAAACAGGAAACAGUCAAAUACAUCAAGAAGAAGAUCAGGGAGAAUCCAUCUCCAGAGAAAUCCAUCAAUCUGUUCCACUGUCUGAAUGAACUGAAUGAUCAUUCUCUCGUGCAGGAAGUACAACGCUACCUGAACAGAAGAGAUUCCUGGUGUCUCAGUGGAACCAGACUCUCUCCUGCUCAGUGGUCAGCUCUGGUGUUUGUGUUACUGAACUCAGAACAGGAGCUGGAUGAGUUUAAUUUGAGUAAAUAUGACCCAUCAGAGGAAUGUCUUCUGAAGCUGAUUCCAGUGGUCAAAGCCUCCAGAAGAGCUGAUCUGUGUUGGUGUAAUCUGACAGAGGAAAGCUGUAGAGUUCUGUCCUCAGUUCUCAGCUCAAACUCCUCCAGACUGAAAGAACUGAACCUGAGGGGCAAUAACCUGCAGGAUUCAGGAGUGAAGCUGCUCUCUGCUGGACUGGAGAAUCCACACUGUACACUGGAGAAACUAAGUCUGUGUUGGUGUAAUCUGACAGAGGAAAGCUGUAGAGUUCUGUCCUCAGUUCUCAGCUCAAACUCCUCCAGACUGAGAGAACUGAACCUGAGUGACAAUAACCUGCAGGAUUCAGGAGUGAAGCUGCUCUCUGCUGGUCUGGAGAAUCCACACUGUACACUGGAGAAACUGAGUCUGUGUCGGUGUGAUCUGACAGAGGAAAGCUGUCGAGUUCUGUCCUCAGUUCUCAGCUCAAACUCCUCCAGACUGAGAGAACUGGACCUGGGGGACAAUAACCUGCAGGAUUCAGGAGUGAAGCUGCUCUCUGCUGGACUGGAGAAUCCACACUGUACACUGGAGAUACUGAGUCUGCGUGGGUGUAAUCUGACAGAGGAAAGCUGUAGAGUUCUGUCCUCAGUUCUCAGCUCAAACUCCUCCAGUCUGACAGACCUGAAUCUCAGUGGAAAUAAACUGAAGGAUUCAGGAGUGAAGCUGCUCUCUGCUGGACUGGAGAAUCCACACUGUACACUGGAGAUACUGAGUCUGCGUCGGUGUAAACUGACCGAGGAAAGCUGUAGAGUUCUGUCCUCAGUUCUCAGCUCAAACUCCUCCAGACUGAGAGAACUGGACCUGAGGGACAAUAACCUGCAGGAUUCAGGAGUGAAGCUGCUCUCUGAUCUACUGAAGGAUCCACACUGUACACUGGAGACACUACAUCUGACAGAACUGAAUCUCAGUGGAAAUAACCUGCAGGAUUCAGGAGUGAAGCUGCUCUCUGCUGGUCUGGAGAAUCCACACUGUACACUGGAGAUACCGAGGUGUCCAGAUGAAGAAGAGCUUCAGGAUUCUGAUGAACAACCCAGACACCAGGAAACCGACAAACAGCAUGAACAAAACCAGAAGUUGCAGCAGGAGAACAGAGAGCAGAAGCAUUCAGUCAUCACAGAGGUAUUCAUCCCUGAAUUAGUGAAACACGGUGAUGACAGCGGUGCAUACAGAUUUCGUUGCUCUCGUGCUGGUCAGUUUCACUGCAAAUUGACCAACCUUGGCUUUGAGAUGAAAGAGAAUGGGGAAGUGCUGUACACAGUCGUGUCCUGGGAUAACGGUCAGUUGCAGGGCCUGGGCCAAUUCCAGCCUGCAGGACCCCUGUACAACAUCAACUGCGCUGAAGGUUCAAUUCUUUAUCUGCAUUUCCCACACUGCGAGAUACAAACAGAUCACAAUCAGAUUGAACUGGCUGUGGCACAUUUCAUUGAGGGUAAUGUGGAGAUCAUUCAGCCCCUGGAAAUAACAAACACACAUGUGAUCUUGGAAGUCCAAGGUCUCUCCUUGUUUGGCCUGAUUAUAAAAAGGAUCUUUAGGGAAAACCCCAUCAGUGCCCAAGUCCUUCUCUUCUACAAUGAAAAGACUGGAAAGAAGGAAACGAGGAGAGAACUAAACAUUCACUUGUUGCCAGGAAACGUGCCAGUUGAAGAGGUGCAGAAACGACACAACUACAGCACAUACAUUCCUUUCACCUCCGGAUGUGAACUGACACCUGGUAAAAAAUACAGGCCACUCUGUGAACCUCAUAAAUCCGAGCCAGAGGUUGAGAAAUUUCUCUGCGACUAUGGACCCAACUAUCACAUCACAUUUGUGGUGAUCCUUAAGACGGAGGUUGAAGACCUCACAUUAGGUCUUUCAAAUGAAAUUGGUGAGGAGGUGUGGAAGCCUCGUCAGGUCUUUCUUCCAGUGAAUAGUCGAGAAGCAGCUCCAGUUGUAAUGGAUAAAGGUGUUGAAUUUGUAGAUAAAUACAGAGACACGCUCAUACAGAGAGUUGCAUCAGUACUGGAAAUAGCAGACGCUCUACUCACCAAGAAAAUCAUCACCAAUGAAAUGUACAGUGUUAUCAUCGAGGCAACAACACCACAGGAGAAAAUGAGGAAAUUGUACAGAUUUCUCGACUCAGGAGGAAGAGCUGCCAAAGCAGAAUUCUAUAAAGUCCUGAAGGAGAAGGAGGUUUUUGUAGUCAGUGACCUGGAGUCAGGAUUCAAAUAAUGCAACACUGUCAUGAUAAAAAUUAGUACUUAAUGUGUCAGGAUUUUAAAACUCAAUAAUAGCCAUUGUAAUGAUGUCACUUUCAUGAAUAAUUUUAUUAGCCAAUGGCCGACUGCAGUAAAACAAACAAAAAAAUUAAAACGUUCCUGUGGUCAGGAACUCACUGUUCAUGAACCAUGAUGUUUUGAAGGCCAUCCAUAAGCGACGCCUCCUCGUUAUUUGUAAUCUAUAAAUAUUUCCAAUGAAAUGGGAGUGAUAGAAAUAUGUUUGGUGUGCUUAAAACUGGUCCAGGCAGAAUCUCCUGGUUGAUAGAGGUCGACAUUCCUCGAUCCUACUUUGUCAAUUCAGCCUCCUUCAGUACAAACAGAUCAAAACCUAUCAGGGUUGUAAAUGUGUAUACAUAAUGUAUUUAAAACCAAAGAUGUAAAAACAAUGCAGCCGGUUUAAAACAUGAUGCAGUUCCUGCAAUAAACUGCAGAUCUCUGCAACUUCAAGAGACCCGAACAUUACAUGGUUUUAUAAUCUCGGUGAGGGCCCAUAUUGUUGUGUCAUUCAUGCGCAGAUUCUACAGCAUCCAAGGUGACAAACUUGUGUUUCUGUUUUUCUACUGCAAUCUUGUCACAAAAUCCUUUAUGAAAAUUAGAUACACAAAGGAAAGCUUUAAUGUUUCCGAAUUAAAGCAGUUUCUGAUUGAAUACUCAGUUUUUAUUGACAUUCUUUGAUGUUUCCUCCAUGUUUUAUGCUUUUCCCAAUAAAAAUUAUAAUGGUGAAAUGCUU